GUCCUCAGCCAUUGGUGCUGAUCUUGGAAGGGGAGAGGCCCAGUCUGGUAGGAAGGUGUAUAAAUUCACAGCUUGGGCGAGUAGUUGGUCCUCGCCGGGUCCAAAUUUCUCCCGUGAUCUCACCGGCAGCGAUUGGCAUUGAAUUCUCCCCACAUACACCGCUGCUCUUCUGUUUUUUUAUUUGAUCAAUUCCAUUACUGUACUGUCUUUUCCUGGGACCCUCCUCCUCCUCUACUACAAAAAAAGGCAGAUCAACCCACUCCAAGCCUUGAAACAGCACAAACUACGCUUAGAACAAAGGGAGGAAGCAGAAUUUUUACACAUUUUUUUUUCUUCUACUCACCCACAGUAUUCUACUGAUCGAUUCCCUUUUUUUGUACAAAAGAUACAUUUUUAGAAAACCCAGUGCAGCCAAACAGUAAGAGAAACGGUGAUCUACAGCUAGAAACAUUGCUUCCUGAAAGCCAGCUAUAAUAUAUAUAGAAAACAACACACAACGAAGACUUAAAAACCCCAAUCAGAUAUUUUUUUUUUAAAGAAGAAAAACAAUGGCAAGAGAGAAAACAAAAGAAACUGAUGGAGGCUGGAAGAAAUUCGUGUGGAAUUCCGAGAAGAAGGAGUUUUUAGGAAGAACAGGUGGCAGCUGGUGUAAGUAUCUGACAUGUUUCUGUCUAAGUCUGGUUAGUUAAAACAUGAACCCCCAAGGCAGCAGUGACACAUAGAAGGGGUAAUACGUGUUGACCUGUAGUUGCUGAUUCAGAUCUUAUUACAAUGUCUUAUUUUAAUGCCUGAUACUUUCUACUUGCUAAUGUUACAUGUGGGCUGUUACAAACAUCCAUUUGUUUUUUUCAAUUUGGGGGGGCGGGGGGGAUCUCAUGUUUUUAACUGUUUGAGAGCAAGCUGAAUGUUCUAUCUCAUGGUUGUAUUGCUGAAAUGGUUAAUACGCUGCAGCCUGUUUAAGUAAAUUAUGAUUUGAUGGGUAUUGGGUUACAGGCACUCAUUGUCACUGCAAUUUUUUUUCUAACCUUCCCCCAUCACCCCCCUUCUUUCCCUUUUUGCAUAAUUGUGUGUGUGUGUGUGUGUGUGUGUGUGUGUGUGUGUCUGUGUGUGUCACAUCAUCCUCUUUCACUUGUGCCUUUUUUGGGGGCUCUUUUUUGGAAAAGGUCAUUUUGAAGGACGCCAUGUAGCCAAUCUAUAUGAGCUGAGACUAGAGGGAGGGAAAAACCCUGUCUCUGUCAUCAUCACCCACUACACAUGUAACAAGAGGGGGCGGCUCAUUGCAGUUGUUGCCUUGCAAUGUAAAAUACGCAGAAGCAGGCUAGUGUUUUACAGUGUGAGGGGAUACAGGGGGUGGGUGAACAGGGAUCAUUUAUUACAGGCUUUAAAAUAUCUGUCUGGGUAACUGGGUGUAAUGCCUGGCAAGGCUGGCAGGCUUUGUGUGGCUAGGGUUGGCAGAGCAAGUGGCUAUAGAGUUAAUAAUGCAUCACUUCUCAAGGUUAGUCAAGGUGACAGGUUAUGGCCAUGGCUGCCUCUAUGACUUGGGUACUUGUAUGUUACACUGUACACCCACAUUAACAGGAAACAUGCGUUCUGGUAGAAUUCGAUGCUGUUUUACAGUUUAAUGUGGCUGGAGGGGGAAAGAAUAGUCAGGAAUGAGCAGGUCCUUGUAAAGGUCGUAUCCUAGCAACGGUUUGUAAUUUGAGUAGGCCUCAAAGGUGCACGGUAGAUCAGCCAUUUCAUCAAAGUGCAAGAGAAAACUCAAUCCCAUUUGCUUUUUAGAAUACAAUUAUGGAUGUUAUAGGAACAUUAUUCAAAUUACGUAUUUGGUCUUUUUAAAAAAAAUAAAAUUUUUUUUAGAAUUGAACAAUCACAUUCCAAGUUAUUUGUGAUUAUAAAUAAACAUAUAUUUGCAAUAUUAAUAUACAUUGUUUUUUCUUCAUGGGAUAUGUUUUACUUUUCAAAUGGCACUUGUCUGCUUAGCUAUGUGGUUUUGUUCAUUUCUGCAAAAUGUAUAAGUGUUUAUUUGGGCAUACUUUGGUCAUCAUAAAAUAUAAUUUGUCUGCAGCACUUUUACAGAUUAUGUACAUAUUUAGAAUUUUAUGUAUCUCCUGAUUGACAUUGAAUGAGACAUUUAGAUUUUUGGUUUGACAAACAACAUAUUAAGACUUCUUCCACUCUAGAACUCUCUUAAUUACAUUUGAAACCAGGUUUUGCUCUACACAUCUCACUUUUUUCAUUCUGUGUGUAGACAUGAUGUCCCUUUUAAUAAUAAUAUGUUUACUAAAAUACUGGUCACUGUGUAAUUUGCAUAGUAUUAUUUUUGUACCCAAGUUAAAUUUGCAUAGUCAAUAAACUGGCUAGAUCGCAUUUUUACCAUGAUUAACCUUUCAGUUCUGUUUAAACUCUUUCAAAAGGUUAACCUUGUAAGUGUUAGAGUGGUGUUCAGCAUUUAAUGCGUAUGGGUGGCUUUAAUGCAAAUAUAAUUAUAAUACUGUCCUUCUGUUUAAACUGGAGGGGCGCUAUACCAGCAAAAGCUACAAUUGCAGGUAUUGUAACUGACAAAGAAUACAAAUGGGCACAUUGUGCCAGGAUUACCUGUGAAUACUGCCUUGUUGUCAAAAGGAAGAUAAUCUAACAAUUAACAAAUGUUACUCUGUAUCGACUUGCAUGUUUGGGUAAAUGUGUACGUUCGAUAUUGAAUAAGAAGGCUUGUUAAUAAAUACAUAACACAGUAUGCAUUCUAUAUAAAGUGCAGGACUCGCCCAUAAUGCAAUGUUUGUUGGUUGAUUGUAUAGUAAGUUCUUAAUGUCUGGCACAAGUUAGAGGCGACACGUUUGCUUAACACCAGUGCUGAUUUUUUUUUUUCUCUCCUAUGGUCGGCUGUGGAAAAAAUUUCCAAAUCUCUCUUGACGUCACCUGACACUUGCUCAUUGCUGCCUAGAUACCAACUUUAACUGUAAACAUGCCUCUUUCCUGCAGUUAUGAAUGCAGUGUUAGUAGGCCGUAGUUUGUGUUAGCUUUACAUUGCUCUCUGAUCUUUUAAUUAACAAGCUAUUAGCAGUGUUCAGCAUCCAAACUCAAACUGUAAUUGGAACGCACUGUUUUUCCACUUAAUACGUAUGAGAUGGGCUGACUAAUGUAAAAAUUGUCCUUGUUAUCACGAGACUGUGACCCUCUCACCAGUAACAGUUUGUUAUGCAGUAGUUUUCUGUAUAGGGUAUAUGAGAUCACGGGGCGUUUAUUAGUAAAUUUGUUUAAAGAAUACUCUAUGGUGAUUCAAAGUGUUAAAAUUUUAGACGUUGUUUGUAACACAUUUUCUGUAAUAUUUAUCUUUUUGCAGUCAAAAUCCUUUUAUUCUAUCUGGUCUUCUAUGGCUGCCUUGCUGGUAUAUUUAUUGGGACCAUUCAAGUACUACUUUUAACCAUCAGUGACUAUGAACCAACGUAUCAAGACCGUGUAGCACCACCAGGUAUAAAGAAUUAACAUCUAAAUUACAUAUAGAAUAGAUAUUUGUUGAAGAUCCUUUUAUUUGUUAUUUUUGUGUGUGUGUGUGUGUGUGUAUGUAAUCUGUGUAUACACACCUUAAUUCUGAAUGCUACAGAACCUUAUCAAGCCCUGCGUGAGUUAUUUGUAUGUUUAGCUGUAAGAAAUGUCCUCAUAGUAUUAUUAAUGUAAUUAUGCCAUUCAUAAAUCCUCUCCUAAAGGAAACAAAACAUCAAAACUAAAACCUCGAUUUAAUGAAAUGUAAAUUGACUAUUGAUUUAUGUCCAUUAUGUUCAGGGUAUGUUUCUGAAAGAAGCACACUAUAGUACUUAAGUCUGCCUCCUGUCCAUGGUUACCUUACCCUUUCGUCUGUGUUGCGAAAUGAGAUUAGUCAUUGCCACUUCCUGAAGGACACCAAUUGUUCUGCCAGUGUUUGUGACAAGCAUGGCUCAGACUGCAGCACACACCGGUGGUGGAGAAAAUUCUGAUUUGUUUAAUUGAUCCUAGGAUAAAAAAUGGACUUGACUGACACUUUAAUAACGCCCGAAACUAAACCCCCUUGAUCAAAUUUAACUUCUGUGAAAUUCCUCUCCUCUAAUACUCUAGCGGGUGGCAACUUGGAAUUCUGUGAUAUGAGCCUUCUAUGGGGAAAAGUAAUAAACUUAAAUUAUUAUACCAGCUCUUCAUUGGGCAUCAUAAAAUUUCUAAAACUGACCUGACACCUACCACUACCCACUCCCCCACAGCAGUAAUGAGCGUUGACAAAUCAAAAUCUUGUGUUGACUCUGUUUCAGAAUAUUGAACGAUUCAUUUUAUUAAGUUGUUUUAACAUGCCUACAUUAUUCCCAACAUAUUCAAAAGACCUAGGGCCAGAUUAAGUGUGUGCUGUUAAAAAACUAGCGGUAACACAAUUUUUGCUGUCAACUGACAUUUUAUACUUGGGAAUCAAUUUCAUAAUUUGCAUGUCAAGUGCUGAGGUCGCAAACGUAUAGAAAAAGUCGUUACGAAGAAUUAGACUUUAUCCCAGUUCUGUUAUGUGCAAAAAAAAAAAAAAAACAACUGUACAAAACAGACAAAUGACUAAGAGAUAAAAGUAGCAAGCUUUGACAGAAAUUUUCCCACAUGCAGAAAAAGGUCAUAUUAGUUAUUCCCCCAUCCGCCAUAAUACUAAAAGACAUUGCAACUGGUUUACUCUUUAAAAAAAAACACAAAACCAUCCACAAAUGCACAGAGUCGGUGGGAAACACACUGAUAACACAUAAUGCAGAGGUUCUAUACAGCUUUGUUAGUAUGUAACUGACUAGAGACUAAAUCAUAAUGUAGGAAAAGUCUUCAGGAAGCCACAGGGUCAUACAAAUACCCUAGCCUCUCUUUAUUUUAAUUAAAAUAGAGCCAAUUUACUGAGUACUGAGGAACACAACUCUUUGUAUGUAGUGGUUUCUCAAUGUGCCCUGGCACUAUCUCACUCUAAGAUGUCAAACAGUUUUACCAGAAAUUAAUAAAUUACACUUUCCUCCUAUCGAGCAGCCCCACCACAUAUGCAGGAGAAUAUAGAUGUCUCUGUAGAGCAAAUUACUGGAUCUGUGCUCAAUGGCUGAGAGUGUCUGCUGAUGCUUUUAUCCAAUGGGCACGGUCCUGUUCUGCAGAGCCAUCCAGCUUUAGAGUACCAGAUGCAGUGUCAGUGGAACUCAAGCAAGUUGUUAAACCGUGCUUAAAUGUUUUUACAUUUUACUGUGGGAGGGUGCCAGGGGACUGUAGUGGUUAUGGUGCUUGAAGUAUUCCUUUAUGUGGUGUUUUGGUGACUUUAGUGCAGAGAUAGGAUAGCUGUUGUUUUACAGUGUAUUUUGUAUCUUGCAGCAAUGUGCAUAAUACUUUUCAAAUGUUAUCAUAUUUUUACAGUUACAUUUUAUUGAUUUGACCUAAUAUAAUUGUAGACAGGUUCUUAACGCUAUGCCCAUGUAUGCAAAUACCUAUAAAAUGCCUUGAAAUUAUGGUAUCGAGUCCUAGUUUUGUUACCACUGACUGAACUAUUUAUCAUUUUGAACAUUUAACCAGUUAUGUCUUAAAAUAGUAUUUUUAGUAAAUUAUGCAAUAUUUUUUGAAAAUAACAUAUUUGAGGUCACCAUGCCCAUGGACUAUGUCUCUAUAGGAACAUCAUUCCUAAUUGGGGCAAAGAUCCAGAAAAUCAACCAUGGUUAAAUCUAGUAUCAGUGACCCAUUCUUAGUCUGUGUUGUAAGAUAUAACUGAAUUCAUCUUGUAAACCACCUGCACUUUUCUCGUGUCAAAAGGGGUUCUAGAUUACACCCAAAAAUGCAGUGUUGCUACAAUAAGACAAAUAUUGUGGCAAUCAUCUGGGGCAUGAUGAAUAUGAUGUCCCUGUUACAAAUGUCACAUACUGAAAUAUCAUGAAGACCUAAUUUUGCCCACCAACCAGGGAAGAACCACUCAUCUAUGGCUUCAACAAACAAUAUACUCCACAAUGUCUUCUGUUGUAGUCUAUUGGCACAAACACAAGAAGGCAGGGGGAGCAUAACUUGUUGUGCCGAUGUUCCUAAUUCAUACUUGAAAAUCUGUUCAGUGUAGAAACAAUAGGAGAGAAAUAAUUGUAAAUUCACGUGGCAUCUGUGUACUCUGCUUUCUCUAAAAGCUUUACCACUUGUCAUUACUAGCCUUGGAUAUUAACUGCUGAGUUUCGGAAUGGUCUGGCAAAGGAAUGGAGACAUUCAUAUAUCUUUAAUACUUCUGUUUUUUCAUCCCUGAUGUUUAUAAUAACUGUGUAUUUUAAUGAUGAUGCAGUGCAUGCUAGCUCAAUCCCCAGUGUGUGUGUGUGUGUGUGUGUUUGUAAAAUAAUCACUAGUAUGAUUGUGUAACUCCUACAUUAGCACAUUACAAACAGGUUCUACAGUGAAUAUAACACAAGCUUAAAUGAGCGCUAUAUUGUUAGGAAUUCAAGCAAUUCAAUGUAUUCCUACUGUGCUGGAGUGCCUGUUUUGGUGUUUGGCCCCCUCUCUGUGGAGUUUAAAAGUGAGUUUACUUACCUUUUCUACCUCGCUGUUCCGGUCUUAUAGUGGCUGGUCCAGCCUACACGGCUGAGAUAAUCAGUUUUGAUGAUCUCGGCCAAUCCAAUGCUUUUCCAUUGGCGCUGUGUCAACCAGUAUCUCCUAAUACAGAUGCAUUGAAUCAAUGAAUCUCUAUGGGAAGCAUUUAGCGUCUCCAUACAGAGCGUAGAGAUGCUGAACGUAGUUGCUGCACACAGAGCAACACUGAACUAGGAAGCGCCUCUAGCGGCUGUCUGGGUGACUGCACCUAGAGAUGUUACUAGGCAGCAUUUACAUUAAAAAGCUUGCAGGGACAAACUAGGGACACCAGAACCACUCCAUUAAGUUGCAGUGGUUCUGGUGAUUAUAGUGUCCUUUUAAAAGAUAUCAUGAGCUUGCAGGUGAUAAACCAACAAACAUUUAUCACAAAUGCUCCUGCAAUUAGUUACUAGUUUUCUUUACAUUUUUGUGUUAGAUUUAUUACACAAGGCUCUCUUUUAUUUGAUGUUAAUACAUUGUUAUGAGGUUCUAUAUUUUCCCGUAAAGCAUCUGAAUAACUUAGUCCUUAUCUAAACCGAGGGCCCACAAACUAAUGUAAAUCAGUUUGCUGAAAGAAAGGGAAGUUGUUUUUUGCAUUCAAUGCAUGUUCACUAUACCAACGGAUGUUCGAAGUAUUGAGGCCUGCUACUUCCCCCUACAACUCAAAUGACCUUGAAUAACUCACAUGGUUAAUGAUUCACUCUUAGGGGAUUUUUUUUUUUUUUUGGUCUUAUUGCAGUUCCUUAAAAUAAAAAGUGUGUUCAGUGAAAAAUCACUCCAGUGCAUUAGUAUGUCUGUUAAUUGGUUUAACGGUAUCUAAUAAAGGUAAACCAAUUACUAUGUAAUCCUCUGUUAAAAAGCUACUCCUACGGGUCUGAUUUGCAGUUAUUCGUGAAUUUCUAUAGUAAAUAUCCAUAGUAAAUUUUAAGAAAUAAAAUAUAAAAAAUGCAUGUCUACAUAUCUGAAUUUCGUAACAAAAUACAAAAAUGGGCAUUUUAUGGUACAAAAGGGAUAAGGUGAACAGCCAUCUUCCUUUAAAAUUAUGUAAGACAUGCUUCUAGAAUCAGAGACUAUUGUAGGUAAAAUAAUAUUGAUUACCUUAUUUAUAACUUACUUUCCUUCCAGUAAACAUUCAAUAUUUCAAAGAUGGACUUAUUGCACAGUCUGCCCCCAUCCACACUGCGCUGAUCUAAAUCACUUGCUCCAACUUCUUUUUCUUCUUUUAGAAUUUUAUAUCCCCUAUGAUUCCACAUUGUAAUAAUAAAAAAAAUGUAUGUCCCACUUGCAUACUCUUCAAGAGGAAUGUAGCGGCAUUCUGCAUAACUAAUGUUUGAUGGAGGAGGCCACUUUCAUAUAUAGCAUUCAGUUCCACAGUCUGCAAUGAGUCAGAGUAAUUGCUUGUCACGAUUAUACCUGCUGCUUAAUAUCUUCAUAUAGUGAUGUAAUUAAAAGGUAGGAUGGAAAGCAGACAACCAUUUUUGGUACAAUGUGUUUAUGGUUUGCAGCUUGCCUAAAUCAGCCACUGAGUAAUCAUGGGUCAUUAGGUAGGAGAAAAGGUCACCCUCCCCCCCCCAAAAAAACGACCAAAACAAUUUGGCAACUCAAAAGAGCUGUCAGUUUUGGUGCAUUUUUGAAAAGAGUGAGAAAGGGAGGAUUACCUGGUUUGGUAGACUGUUAACUAGAUUUUGGAGUGGAACCACAGCUCAUGUAUCUUAAGAAGACCCAAAGAAAUAUAACGGAUGCAUAUUAAGUUAAUUAUCUGCUUACCUUGCCAUUUCUGCUGCAAGGCUAUUUCAGAUGCCUAUUCAGAUAGUAUUGUUUCUGACUCUUAUGUUUAAAGCCUCGUGGCUUAGGUAGACAUUUUUUUUUAAAUUUGAUAGUGAAAGCUAUUAAUGCAGAUAUUGAGAUUUGUUUUGUCUUUUUUUUAAAGGACUAACACAGGUACCAAAGGCAUUAAAGACCGAGAUCUCCUACUCAUUGAAAGAUGCUACAACCUAUCAGGAUUACGUGAAAAGUAUCGACUCAUUUCUAGGAGCGUACAAUGAAAGUCUGCAAAAAAACGCAGAAUAUUUUGAAGAUUGCUCAAGUAAGUGCAAGCGUUUCCUUUCAUGUACUUAAACUAAACACAUUUACAAGUUUUAAAUGAUGACAACUAAAACACCAUAUUUUAUUCCAAACUUUUCGUUCAAUUCACAAUUCACUUCAUUUAGAAGUGUAGGUUGACAUUGCCAUCGUAUUUCCUACACAUUUCAAAAUACAAACAUAUAAAAAUAAAUAAAAACAAACAAAAUAAAUUGCACUUUAAAAUAGGUCUUGGCCUGAAUUGUACAAUAUAAAUAAUUAUUCACCACUUACCACCCACAAUUCCUAACUAUACACUGUUAUUCUCUGGAUAUCUAAUUCAAACAAAAAGUGGAUUUAAAUAUAUUUUUUCACAGUGUUGAGUUUUUCCCCAUUUUUAUCUAAGAUGCUUUCUUAUUUUAUUCGGAGUAUUUUAGACUGCUGGCAGAGAGCGAUCAUAUUUUGUGCUUGAAUUUUACAAGGUUGUAUGGGCAGUUAAUUUUACACACCGCUCUGCUUAGGGGGUUUGUGACAAAUGUGAAAAACGAAGCACAUGACUAUAAUAUGCAAAUUGUGGCUAAUUGAGAGUUUUAUAAACCUAUUUUCUUCCUCUAAUUUUAGCGAAACCUUCGGACUAUUAUGACAGAGGAACACUGAAAUCACAUGAACAGAGAAAAUCUUGUACGUUCUUCCGUGAGUGGCUUGGGAAUUGCUCUGGCCUGACUGAUCCUACCUACGGUUUCAAAGACGGAAAUCCCUGUGUAAUUGUUAAACUUAACAGGAUUGUGGGCUUUAAACCAAAGGUAAAACACUGCACAACAUAUAUAUGAUAUAUAGAUAUAUUGAAAAAAAACAUUGGGUUUAAGAAAUCAGACACAAAUUCUGAACUAUUAUUACUUCAUACUGUAUGUGAGGCAGGCAAGAUAUUUGAAGAAAAAGCACAGUACCUCUCAAACCAAUAAUCAGGAACUUAUGGCAUCCUUAAUUCUGUUCAGAUACGGCUAUAAUGGUGGUCAUUGACAUUUUGUAUUCAGUGCUGCAAAAUAUGUGAAAUAUGGGCCCUGUUGUUCAUUUGCACACAACUAAUAACAUACUUUUAUUUUUUUUAGCCGCUUACUGAUAACACCAGUCUACCAGCUGAUAUGGCCUCUUCUUACAGUCCAUACAUCAUUCCAAUUCACUGCCAGGGCAAGGUAAGCUUUAUCAUUGUUAUUUAGUGGUGUAGAGUAAAGAUAAUGUUCCAGGUCUAUAUUGCUAUUCUAGGAUUAAUCUACUAAAUUCAAUAAAUGUAAAAACAUCUGAUUUAUUUGAAAGCAGUGUAUUUUUAUGUAUGGCCUGGUCCAAGUACGGCUGGGUUUUCCAACUCCUAGUCAUUGAUACAUUAACAAUUUCAAAGGCAGGAUCUCUCUCAUAAACAUUUUGAAGACCUUUCUGUGACACACAGAAAUACAUAAUUUAGGAAAAUGUUCAGCACAAUGUAAAUGAAUUCUGUACAUAACAACUACCCAUCCUGCUGAUCUCCAAUCUCCUGCUGCUUUCAUUUAAUGGAGGUUAAGUAAGAAUACCCUGUUGUGUAUAGAUGCACUCAUGGAAUAGAUGAGGUUCCAGGCUCUGGUAUUGACAGAGGUAAGACCCCAAAAAGAUUGGAAUAAUUGCCCAUCAACACCCAGUUAACUUUUUGUUUGGUUCUGUCUCAUUUCAAAGAGAUGAACACUAGUUUAUAGCAAUAUUUUCAGUCUCGCCCCCCCCCCUCCACACAAAAAACCCCAGCAUUGAGUGUUCAACAAAGUAAAAAUUAAACCGUUAAGCAAAACAUGAUGGGAGGCGGUUGAGAAAAGAUGGGUCUCCAUGACACCAUAUGUAAAUAUUUUAGGGACAAAUACCCACCUCUUCUUCUUUAUCCACUGUUUUUGUAGGGGUUUACAGCAGGGGAUAUGAGUGGCCUUCCCCACCACAUUGGUAGGAUUGUAUAUGGACUAAUAGAAUUUGACAGGAGGGACCCUAAUAUAGCUUGACCAACACUCUGACCCAAAAGGGAAUGUCUAGUUCUCCCCUGUAAAAUUAAAACUAUUUCAUAUACAUGCCUUGACCAAGGAUUACACUCUAGAAUCCUAUUUUUUUUUCCCCAAAAAUAAAACAUUAUGACCAUGACAAAAACCCAGUAAAUAGCCUGCAUAGAAAAUAAUAUGUUUGUAUUCUGGAGGUUUGAAAUGGAAGAAACCAUUUUAAUGAAAGAGAGAGGCCAUAUAAAAGUGUUUAAAUCACCUGCACCCCUGCAGUGUGAUUGGUUGGGUUUGGUUCUAGCCAGUCACUGACCUGCAAGAGCCCCGUGAUAGAUUAUAAAAGUUAUAUGAAAUAUUUUGGACCACAACUGAUUCCACAGACAUUUGUAGAGUGUAGCUUUCAUAAGGAUUCGGGAUCAAAACCUAUGAAUUUGUCAUAUCACAACUCUCUUUUUAAUGAAUAACAAGGUUUGCCAACUUACAGUUUAGCAGUUAAACAUCUAAAUUUAACAUACACUUUGCAUAUGUGGAACAAAUAUGACUUGCUAACACAGUGGUUUAGAACGUUUCUGACUGGUACUUAAAUGACAUUCAUUGGGUGUUGACCCAGUUGUACAAUUUGUUUAGUGAUCAUUCUUUAGAAUAUAUUUUGCAAAAGACCUUUAUUAUCCUGACAAAAGAAUAUAUUUGAGGGAAGUUGUUGAGGGAAGGACAAAUAUUAUGUACUGGUUCCAAACACAAGGGAAUCCAAAUCUGAACUACUGUUCUCAUGACCAUUAUUCUGGAUUAAGAAUCCACUGUGCCGUUUAGCAGUAUUAACAUUUGUUUUUGCAUUGCAGAAAGCGGAGGAUAUUUCUAAUAUUCGAUCAAUAAUGUAUUUUGGAAUGGACGGAAAACCAGGAUUCCCUUUAAAUUAUUAUCCUUACUAUGGAAAGCUGCUGCAACCAUAUUAUCGCCAGCCUCUUGUUGCUGUACAAUUUACCAAUAUUACCACGGACGAAGAGGUUCGCAUUGAGUGCAAGGCAUACGGUGAAAAUAUACAAUACAGUGAUAAAGACCGUUUCCGGGGACGUUUCGAUGUAAAGUUUUUAAUAAAAAGUAGCUGAUCAUAAGCACAUCUUGUGUAAACCGCCCAUUAAAAUAUUAAAGAGAAAAAAAAAAAAUUCUAGUCUUGAACAAACUGUCAUGUAUGGGACCUACACUAAAUAUAUACGCUUUACACUAGCUUUCUGCAUUUACUAGGUUAGAAUGUAAAUUAAGUGUAGCAAUAGCAACAAAUAUUUAUUCUACUGUAAAUGAUAAAAAAAAAGAAGAAUGACUUGAACCUUGGGACAUGCCCAUUCUGCUGUAAAUUUAUGAUUCCAUAAUCAAAAUGUAGUUAAGCAACGUGUCUAGCCCCAAACUAUUGCUACUUUCUUGUAUUAUUUUUUUUGUUGUUGUUCAUGUAGUUUGUUAAAGUAGCAUAUGUACAACUUUUUAGCUAUUUCUGCCAAGCCAUGUUUUGUUAUGUUUUUACUUUGUGACCAGCAUUGCAGUUCAAGGUGUAAAUACUCUGUAACGGGAAUAAAACUGGCUCAGUAAUAUAUAUACAUAUAUAUUUUUUGUUUUGCUUUGUUGAAAGAAGGAAAAAACAGCCAACCAACCCAAAUAUAUAACCCUUUUGUGUUCCAUACGGAAACUCAAUUCCACACCCCAUGGUGCACAAAGGUGUUAAUAGCACUCCGCAAGGCCCUAUUUCAUGUGUUUUUUGUUUUUUUUUGCUUGGGUUUUUGGUAAUUCUGUUUGGUUGAAGGGGAGACAUUUGUUAGGGCUUUUUUUAAUAUUCCUUAAAAACAUUGGUGAUGGGUUUUGCUGUGCUUUUUAUUUAAUGUUUAAUAAACAAAAAAAUAAUUCUUCCCUCCCCUAUAAACCUUAAGUAUGUUAUAGAGGUGUGUAAGGCUUGGGGUCAGACUGUCACUUUUGCAGAGAAUAGGGCUAUUGUUUUUCGUUAUAUAUAUAGAGAGAGUUAUAUAUAUUUUUUUGUUCAGGAAGCAUCACAGUUUGAUGCUGUGUCUUUUCAAAUGUUUUAGCCAUUUUCAUGGUGGAAGAAUUUUAUAUUUAUGCAGUUGUACAAUUUUUAUUUUUCUUCGAGAAAAAAGUAAUGUAUGAAAUAAACCAAAGUCACGUGUUGAAAAAUAAAUCUUUAUUUUAAACAACUUUUGAAAAAGGCAAUGCAGUAUCCCAUAGGAUGUAUUAAAUGUCUACUGUGCGCACAUUGUUCAAACAUCUGUUAUAUUUGCCAGGAGUACGGUGCUCUUGUUGUCGAGUUGAAACAUCAGACAAUAAAAAGAAUAAACCGAUACCUGUCUGUUUUAUUUCUUCCGAGAAAAGUUAGCUGUCCAGAAUUUUGAAAAAAUAUUGCACCUGAGAUUGAGAAGGGAGAAAUAAAAAAAAAUGUAACAGUUACAUUAGACAUGUGCAAGUUACAGGACUAAGGUCUAAAAAGGAGAAUGAUCCACCUUCAUUUAUAUACUAUCCUAAAGAGGAACUGUCACUUUUUGAAAUUACACCACUGAAUAAAACAUUACAACUUACUAAGAGAUACUUUUUUUUCUUUUAAAUUAUUAAGAAGGUAAAAACAUUUUUCCUUUUCUCUAUGCUGACUGUCAGGUGCAAAGAAGAGUUUAUAACAAUGUCUCGGGAGCUGAGAUGGAGGCACACAAGUAGCAUAAAGAGGUGUGGAUUUCUAAAUGGUAUUUUAUUUUUCACAGCUCACAAAUACUUUCCUAUGUUUAACAAAUAUGUAAGCCUAAUAAACACUCUGGGAAGGGACUUACAGGUUUGAGAGUACUCUACAGUAAGGCAUAAAAAUGUUUUAAUACGCCAAUAUCAAUAUUUCAAUCAAAGAGGUGGGUGUUACACGGCAUAGGGAGAUGUAUAGGAUACAUUUCACAGAAAGCAAAAUAAUCUACCUGUUUCACAAGUAUAUAUUCAAUAUCAAUUGUUUGAUAUUAAACCGGUGCACGAUGCCAUGGUCUUCCAGGCAACAUAACCACUACAGAGUGCUUAGUAUGCCCCAAUAAUCAAACUUAUAUCAAAGUCAGCUAAAUAUUUAGGUGGCUUUAUUUUUCACUACAAAAAAUGUGUUUAU